AUGGGAAACCAGACUAGCACCUCUGAUUUCCUCCUCCUGGCCUUCUCCAGCCACCAAGAGGUCCUGUUACCGCUGUUCCUGACCCUGUACUUGGCAGCCCUUCUGGGAAACCUGCUGAUUCUCGUUGCCAUUGGAUUGGACCCACAUCUCCACACACCCAUGUACGUGCUUCUUGUUAACCUGUCCCUGGCGGACCUGUUUUUCACCUCCACCACAAUGCCCCGCCUUGUCCACGCCCUGCAGACAGGGGACAGGACUAUCACCCAUUCUGCCUGUCUGGCUCAAGUCUUCUUCUUCCUGUUGGCAGGAAAUGUGGAUAGUUACGUGUUGGCUGCCAUGGCAUGGGAUCGCUACGUAGCUAUAUGCCGGCCACUUCACUAUGCUACUGUGGUAACCCUUCCGCGAUGUGUGGUGCUCCUGGGGACAGUGUGGGUGGGCGCAGCUUUACACUCCCUGCUGCACACAUUCCUCACUGCUCGCUUAUCUUUCUGUAGCAAUCGUGCUCUUCCACACUUCUACUGUGACGUUUAUCCCCUGCUGAGGCUUGCCUGCUCUGACACCUCCCUCAACUUCCUAGUUGCCCUAAUUGAAGGAGGAUCCACCAUCCUAUUACCUGCUGCCUGCAUCUUCACUUCCUACGCCUACAUUGGCGCGGCUGUGUAUAGACUCCGGGCAACUGGCGGGGUGCGCAAAGCCCUUGCCACAUGCGGGUCCCACCUCUCUGUGGUGGGACUUUUCUAUGGGACGCUGGUGGGUGUUUAUUUGCAGCCCCCGGACCAGCAUGAUACCGAGGGAAGAGAUCGAGAUUUGGUGGCUACAGUCAUGUUCUCUGUGGUGGCUCCAACCCUAAACCCUUACAUUUAUAGCCUGCAGAAUCGAGAAAUCAAAGUAUCAUUGGCAAGGAUAUUCAAGGUGAAUAUGAUCUAA